UCCAUACUCAUAAAUACUUAUCGUAGUCAAAGGUUCUAACCUAACCUUUAAAAUUUAAACUAAACAUGGCGCGUCAAAGUAUUAAUGCUAACGCAGAAUGUGAAAAAAUGCAUAAUUUGUUAGAGAAUAAAAGUAUUAACUUGGAUAAUUGUAGGAAAUUAAUUAAAUCAUACGUUGAUCUACAUUUGCACAGUGCUGCAUUAUUUUGGGCGGACAAGGUUGUUUCAUUGAGUAACGAAGAUCCUAAGGAUAUAUGCACUUUAGCACAUUGUAUGUACCUAAUGAAACAAUAUCACAGAGCUGCUCAUCUUAUUAGAAGUCACGGACUUGAAAAGACAGAUGUCAUGUGUCACUAUUUAACAGUAAGAAGUCUUCUAGAAGCAAAAGAAUAUAAUGAAGCGCUUCAAGUAAUAAAUGAUUCAGAAAUAUGUACAAAUAUAACGCAAUCUGGUAUCAGUUUUGCCGAUCGUGUAGACAUGCUGGAAGAUGCUCCAAAAAAUAUACAAAGUUCAAUAUUGUAUGUGAAAGGACGAGUGUACGAAGCUAUGGAUAACAGAGCUGUGGCAACCGAUUGUUAUAAACAGGCUCUACAUUGCGAUGUUUAUUCGUAUCAAGCAUUCGAAGCAUUAGUUCAAAAUCAAAUGCUUUCAGCUUCAGAAGAAAAAGAACUUGUGGAAUCCCUUCCAUUUAAUGAACAAUGUACAGAAGCCGAGACAGAGCUUUUACGAUUAUUGUACGAAAGUAAGCUCAAGAAAUAUCAGGAACCGAAUAAGAAACAAACGCUUGCAACCUGUAGCGUAAUGGGAGUUUUAGUUACAGAUAGAUUAUUAGGUAACUUGGAUAUGGAAGUUUCGAAAGCGGAAAGAUUGUAUUACAACUGUGACUACCAUAAAUGUUUCUCGCUUACCGAAAGGAUAUUAAAAAAAGAUCCAUACCACAAUUCGUGUUUACCUGUGCAUAUUGCAUGCUUAGUAGAAUUAAAAAAGACUAAUGCGUUAUUUUAUUUGGCGCAUAAGUUGGUUGACUUAUAUCCAGACAUGGCCUUAGCAUGGUUUGCAGUUGGAUGUUAUUAUUACAGUAUAGGUAAAAGUGAUCCGGCGAGAAGAUACUUGGCGAAAGCUACGGCACUGGAUAGACUAUUCGGUCCUGCAUGGUUAGCCUAUGGACAUUCUUUCGCCGUAGAAAAUGAACACGAUCAAGCAAUGGCCGCUUAUUUUAAAGCUUCUCAAUUAAUGAAAGGUUGUCAUCUGCCACUUUUAUACAUUGGACUCGAAUGUGGCUUAACGAAUAAUCUUAAAUUGGCUGACAAGUUUUUCCAACAGGCUCAAGGGAUAGCCCCGAAUGAUCCGUUUGUUAUACACGAGAUGGGAGUUAUAUCUUUUUAUAAUUUAGAUUACAAAACUGCCGAACAGCAGUUUAAAGAAGCCAUGAAACGAAUUCAAGGUGGUCUAAAAGACGUUAUACUACCUAGUAAAUGGGAAGCAUUAUUGAAUAACUUAGGUCACACUUGUAGAAAAAUGAAGAAAUACGAAGAGGCAUUAGAAUAUCAUCACCAGGCAUUGGUAUUAAAUUCUUUAAAUCCAUCAACGUAUGCAGCGGUAGGUUUUAUUCAUGCACUAAUGGGCAAUACUCAAGAAGCCGUCGAUGCUUUUCAUAGAGCGCUUGGUCUGAGAAGAGACGACACUUUUACAACAACUAUGUUGACUUAUGUUAUGGAACAACUUAUAGAAGAGUCACCACCGUAUCCUGCAGAUGCACGCAUCGAUAUUCCAAAAUAUAAAUUUCCCGAAGCUAGACUUCAAGAAACAGAAGGUACAGAAUCUUUGGAGAAUACAAGUAAUAUAACCGAGCCAGGGAAUCAGGAUAUCGAUAAACUAAGGGUGAAUUUAUUUUCUGGAUGGGGAGAAGAUUCGAGUAAAGCUGAAGAUAAUACUCCCGAUAAGAUACAUGAAAUUUCACAAGGGCGCAUUCGCGAACCACGCCGUCGUUUACCGAAGAUGGAACUUCUGGUGAGGGAGGGAGAGGGAGAGACAGAUCUUCAAUUCAGUUCACAGAGUGGAAUGAAGCAACGUGGAGAAGAACUGAAGAAUGGGCGUUCCGUCUCCAUCGGUCUCCAUCGUUGCUGCAUCGACAUUAACAUUGAACAAACAGAAUAAAUU